AUGGAGAACAGAUCAAUCCAGACUCAGUCUCCUGCCACUCCAAUCUAUAUUCUACGGGGGCAUGGGGCACCGAUACACGCGUUACACAUCUUUAACCAGAACCUGCGCCUAGCAUCCGGUGAUGCCAACGGCUGGAUCGUGAUCUGGGACCUAGUCACCAAACGCCCAGUAACGGUCUGGAAAGCGCAUGCAGGCGCCGUGUUAGAAGUCAAAGGAUUUAAUUUCGACUCAGGCGUAACCGAGAUUUACACACAUGGACGCGACCACAAGCUCUGUGUCUGGAAGAUUCGAUUAGAAGAUGAAUCAUUUCUAGACAAGACGCUUCCAGUCGACAUGACUGAUCCCGCCCUGGAGGGAAGCAAGACUCAGCCAUGGCUGCUCCACUCCAUGCCCGUGAACGCCCUUAAUUUCUGCGCGUUCUCUAUGACAUUUGUCAAUGCGGAUGGUCUUCCUGUUUCUCCUUCGCCAACUUCUGCAAAACCAGAAAAUGCCUUGUUUGCAGUUCCCAAUGCUUUGGACUCUGGCGGCAUCGAUAUCUUCCACCUGCCAUCCGAGCGUCGGAUUAGCACUAUUCCAUCUGAAUCAUUGACAAAAACUGGAAUGCUGAUGGCUGUCGAUGUUUUCGUGACGUCUGUCGGAGAUCUCUUUAUCGUUUCUGCGUAUGAGGAUGGCCAGGUGAUGGUUUACGCUCAUCGUGGUGCGUUGAAAACAGCCAGUUUUGAGAUUGAGCAUAUUAAGAAGUAUCCCAUGAAGUGGGAGAGGCUUUAUGCUGCUCGUCCUCAUACCCAGCCGGUUCUUUCUCUUGAUGUUUCGGCCUCUUAUACGCAUUUCGUCUCUUCUUCUGCUGAUGCUUUGGUUGUCAAACAUCCCAUUCCGAGUCUUGCUUCUGUUGGUUAUAUUCCUACUGCUGGCUAUAAAGAGGAAUCUCCCUUGAAGGUUGUUAAUACUAGACACUCUGGUCAGCAGGGUCUACGCAUCCGAUCGGAUGGGAAGGUCUUUGCUACUGCCGGUUGGGACAGCAGGGUACGGGUGUACUCGGGAAAGACGAUGAAAGAGCUUGCUGUGCUCAAGUGGCAUAAAGAUGGAUGCUAUGCCGUGGCAUUUGGAGAUGUCGCAACGCCUUCAUCUGCCAAAUCUGCAGAUAUGGAGGACUCAACUACAAGUGAAACGGCAGCGGUUGCACGCGAAUACUCUCUCGCGAGUGUACAGCAACAACGGAAUCACAAAGUCCAGCAGACUCAUUGGCUAGCAGCAGGUUCCAAAGAUGGGAAGAUUUCAUUAUGGGAUAUCUACUGA